AUGUCAGAGACGGUCGAUCCAAAAGUCGAGAUUGAGGAGUCAUGUCGGCCGCAGUGUAUAAGGCAACUAAUAGAGUACGAAGACUGCACCAAACGAAUCGAAAACGACCCAGCCGGCGAGGCGCACUGCACCGGCCAGUACCUGGACUUUUGGCGGUGCAUUGACUUGUGCGUAGCCUCGAAGCUUUUCGUCCGCCUCAAGUAG